UUUCUCCGUCACUCUGAACAAAUCCUUGUGCUGGGAAGGUCUUUGUUUACAAUUAAUGGUGGAAGUGCAGAAGAAAGGAAAGUAAAGAAUGUCAACUCUUGUCCUUCGGAAAGAGAUGGAGAAAGAAUCCCAGGGGGCUUUUGUGGAACCUCUUCUUGCAAAACAGGAGGCUGUUUCAGAGGACUCCCUGCAAACCAACGGUGGAAUGGAUCUUCAAGUGAUUCAACCCAGAUCAAAGAGCACGAUGGAUAUUGCUGCCUCUGAUGAGCUUAUAUGUAUAAAUCUAACUGGAAAGAAGUUCUUCGUUAUGCUAAAAAACUUUGCAAAUCUGCCCAACUCAAGACUUGGACAUAUGGUACGAAGCAACGAACAGGCAGAUAUAGAGAAGUUUUGCGACAAGUUUAUUGCAGGACCUGUACCUGAAUACUUUUUUGACAGGAGCGGAAAAGGUUUCAACGAUAUCCUUGAUGUGUAUAGGCUUGGUCGUCUUCAUAUCAAUACUGCAGGAAUGUGUGCUAUAAAGCUUAAGGCUCAGCUUGACUACUGGAGUAUUGAUGAACUACUUCUGGACCCCUGCUGUGCGCUAAAGUUUUACCCUGAAAUGGAGGUUUGCGAAAAGGAGAUAACUGGACAGAACAAUUCAGAACAGAAGUAUUUGGAGAGAAUACAGGAGGAAGACUUUGGAGAUACCCAAAUAGGACGUAUCCGAAAAAUGCUCUGGAACCUGACAGAGUACCCAGAGACAAGUCUAGCUGCUAGGAUUUGUGCGUUUACCAGUAUUUCUGUGGUAAUAAUAUCAACUAUAACGUUUGUUCUCUCCACUCUUCCAGAACUUACAGAUAAUAUUGAUAUAAUGCUGUUCGAUAACUCGACAGAGGAUGGCGAUAUCGGAGACCAUCAAAUCAUUGAACGAUGGGAUGAGGGAAUCCUGAUGCUGAAAAUAGUUGACGAGCUGACCAUGUGGUUCUUUACCAUAGGUAGGUCACGUGAAAUGUGGUUCUUUACCAUAG